ACACCCUUCUAUGUCAUGCCUAGACGUAGGUGAUGUUGUUUUGGAGAGUAAAUGUAAAUAUUGGUGUUUGCCACUUGCUCCGGACAUCAAUUAUUCCCAGAAAAGAGGAGAAAUCCCGCCGUUUGAGGAUUAGGGUUGAUAAGAAAUGUUUCAAUUGUUGAAUUAACAUUGAAUUAAUAAAAAUGAAAGUCGUCUGUGCUGCACCAAAUUGUAAAUACUCGUCUGAUCAUGAAGACUCGAGUCAUGUCAUUUUUGUCAGCUUCCCGAAUGAUGACACGGCUACAGUAUGGGCUCACAACUGUGGUAGACCAGACUUAAUAAUGAAAUCAAACGAAGAACUACACCUUAAUUACUACAUUUGUUCGGACCACAUAGAAGACCAAUAUUUUCUGAGCAAAACAAAUCCGAUAAUCAUCACUCAAGGGGCAAUACCAACUCUCUUCAGCAUUGAAGUGCAGCCAGGUCAAUUGGACUCAUUCAAGCCUUCGUAUUCAUCCAGCGACGUCAUAAAUCCCUUAGAAUUGAGCGAUUGCCAGGAAACCUAUGUGGGCGGAGGCUCGGAGUAUCAAAACACAAUUUACAAUGGUAAUAUCCCCAAUGAUAACGAUGGGGCAGAUGAAAUUGAUGGAAAUGAGGAGGUGCAGAGUCAACAGGAGAAUAAUCUUAAUUUUGAAAAUAUCAGUGUUAACAUAGACCACUUCGAGGACAUGACAAUGAGGUUCUUGAACCUUUGUAGAAUUUGUGGAAAGAAUGCUACUGAAUACAUCAACAUUUUCGAUGGGAGAGAGGAUGGGGUCACUCUUCAGGAGAAAAUUAGAAUUCAUUUGCCGAUUGUCAUGGAGAGUGAAGAUGGAUUGCCACAGAAAAUAUGUGGAGACUGUCAUGGAAGGAUUGAGAGUGUACAUGCACUUGUGAUAACUAGUUUAUUGAAUGAUAUGAAAUUAAGGAAAUUUUUGAAUUUACCAAAUAAGUACAAUUACGAAGAGAAAUAUCGAGCCCUCGUAUCCCAAUACGAACUCCACUCGACAACCGAGGCAUUCUUCGAUGGUAUCACCCACGAAAGUUGCGAUUUUCCCAAAAAUUCGGAAAGCCCGAGUUCUCCAUGUCCUGAAAAAGAAAAACCAUCGAAAUUCGUAUUACAUGCAGACCUGAAUAAUUUAAUCCUGCAGCCCCUGCAGUUCCAAAAUGAAGAGAGAACCAAGACUGAUGUGCAUAGCCCUCCAGUGAUGUUAACAGCUGAGGUUAUGAUUGAGGAACAACCGGAGCAGAUGAACUCUUCAGAAGGACACGAUGGAUUCCAUGCAGAACCUGAUAGCGCUUCCGUACUGAGAGCAGAUGCCAAUCCUUCAGGCAAGGAUGUUCUCCUGAAUGAUAACGAUGGGGCAGGGGCACCUGAACAGGUGUCAGUAAGGUCGAGUCGUCGAUGUGGGCACUGCUCCCAGUCCUUUCUCCAUCGCAAGGACUUGCAGUCGCAUAUAACUGAAGCUCACAACGGCGAAGGGGCACUAUUCAAAUGUGGAUUAUGCGACAAAUCGUACGAAAAGUGGUCCAGCCUGGAUGUUCACGAGGCCACUCAUCGUCAGGAUAAGCCUUACCUCUGCGAUCUCUGUGGAAAGAGCUUUAAACACUCGAAUAAUCUCAGGGGACAUAAACGUGUCCACCUGGAUGCCGCUAGGAAAAAGCGACAUGUGUGCGAAACUUGUGGAAGUGCAUUUCGAUCAAGGUUUCAUCUUCGGGAGCAUAUGAACCAACACGAUGGAAACAAGCCCUACGUGUGUGAACAAUGUGGAAAGGCGUUUUCUAAGAGAAUCCAAUUAAGGCAACACAAAUUGUCUCAUGGAACUAACAAAUAUGCUUGUCCAAUCUGUGGUAUGACUUUCAAUCGAAGGGGCAAUAUGAAUACACAUUUCAAGCGACAUAGCAACAGCGAUGGAACGUAUAAAUGCAGUGUCUGCGACUGCAAAUGCAAGUCCAUGAGUGACUUAAAGUCCCACCGAAAGACUCACAGCCUAAACGACAUAAUCGAAAGUAUAAAACAGAGAUCUAUCGAUCAGACAAUUUUUCAAUGUUCAACUUGCAGUCGAGUAUUUUCGAAGCGCACCCACCUGUCCAAUCACGAACGAAUUCACAAAGUUGAUCAGCCGAAAGUUGAAUGCGACAAGUGUGGAAAAAAAUUAGCGAAUAAAAGCUCCUUAAGGUAUCACGUGAAGUCGAUGCACACGUGCGAACGAACUCACCUAUGUCAAUUUUGCGGUGAUGCAUUUAUCUCCAGAGAAGCCAGACUCAUUCACGAGAGAAUCCACACCGGCGAGCGACCCUAUUCCUGCAAAUUGUGUAAUAUGGAGUACAGAUGCUCGAGCAAUCUGAGCCAACACAUGAAAGCUCACGCCGAGGUUCGUCCCUUUGUUUGUCAAUAUUGUUCCAAGUCCUUUACACGAAGAUCAGCUGUGACCGUUCAUGAGCGAAUUCACACUGGUGAAAGGCCAUUCGUCUGUUCUGUGUGCAAUCGUGGAUUUUACCAGAAAUAUGACAUGGUUAAGCACGAAAAAACACACGAAAUAAAAAUACUCAAAUGCGAAAAGUGUGAGGAGACUUUCAACUCGAAGAGCGAAAUAUUGAAACACCUGGAGUGCAGCCACAAUUCAGAACGACAAUCGACAGAAGUCAGUGGAGAAUAUGUGGAAAUAUCGGGGAACUUCGAUAACUAUUCGUUAAACGUCGAGUGCUCCAUGGGAGAAACUGAGCAAAUUGACGAUAUUCAAUACUCGUGAAUGGGAAUAGAUUUUUUAAGGGAAUAUUAUAGUUGAUGAGGAGCAGUGGGAAAGGUCAAUAAAUUGUAAUAAACAUUGCUAUAUAUAGAAUAAUAUACUCUUUAUUGUUUUUUAUGGUUUUUGUUGCUGUCCAUAUUGUGUUGUUUCUCCUUUUUCAUUGUUUGUUUUUCCAGUUUUUCUUUUUGUUUUUUCCACUGCCGAUAUUUUGGUAACACAGUAUGUGAUACAAUUUUUGCUGCUAAAACAACGGCCGAUCAUACGUUCGCAUAUUAUGGGACUUGGAACCGCUUGAGACUAGA